AUGGUGAAGGUGUUGACAUACUUCGGGAUGACAUUGGCUGCUUUCGCCUUCUGGCAAUCCAUGGACAAAGUCCACGUCUGGAUCGCUCUUCACCAAGACGAGAAGCAAGAAAGGAUGGAGAAGGAAGCUGAGGUAAAGAGGGUUAGAGCUGAGCUGCUGCGGAAAGCUAGAGAGGAGGAUCCUCUUGCUUGAUCAUCUUAUUAAUAAUUUGGAUUUCUAACCAAAUAUGCAAGUUCUUUUUUAUUUCAUUGUUAUGUGACACAAAAUGGAGUUUGCAUAAAACGACAAUAACCAUAUAUGCUAUUGAAUGUGGGAAUGAUGAUGAUGAAUAAGUAGCUUCCUCUUUUUUUUUUUUUUUGUAACACAAGUAGCUUCCUCUUUGUUGUUGUUUCUUCUCAACUAAAUGGAAUACUAGUGCAAGAGGUGUCAGAGUCUUGCUUUGACUUACCUCAACCUUGUGAAUCAUGGAUUCUGUGUUCAUGCACAAGUUUUAAGGAGGUUUCAAAUGUCAGUUCCGGUUAAUGAUGAUUCACGUUCACUAUCAAAGUAGAAAUAUAACCUGUCAAGUUU